CCCCAGCUUUUGGCCUGGGGGCUGCCGCUUCGCACCCGCCUCGGCGCUGCCGGCGCCCUGGGGUGGGGACGUGGGCGGGGCCGCGGGGCCGCUCAGGCCACCCUUCUGCGCUCGCCUCUCAUCUCUGCGUCUCCUGCCGGGGAUCUCGCCGGAAGGCGCCGUCCGUCCGUCCGUCCUCAGCGAGCAUGGAGUGAAGGGGAGCUGAGGUGAGGGAGCAGGGGACUUUCCCGCUUGGGAGCUGAGGUUGAGAAGGCAAAACGACAGCAGUAUGAGACAAUGUUCAUAGACCAUCCAUGAACAGGAAGAAAGAGAAGACCUGCUGGCUAACCCAAACCAAAAAUAUUAAAUAAAUAAAAGAAAGAAAAAAGUGCUGCAUGUACAGAUCCUGAGCAGCGUGAAUGGCGUUAACAAAGGAUUCAUUUGAAUGGAUUAAGUGGCUUAUCACAGCUGCCUGGUGGCUGAUGGUUGUUUUAUCAGGCAAAGAAGCUGAUGGGGGAGGAUAUGCAUACCUUGAGCCAUGUGGGGGACAGGACUGUUCAGUUUGUCGGUGCUUUCCAGAAAAAGGAUCAAGAGGUCAGCCUGGUGAGCUGGGAGCUCAAGGUCCAAUUGGGUCCUUGGGAUCUACAGGACCAGCUGGUCUACCAGGGGAAAAAGGACCGAGAGGUGAGAAUGGGCAGCCUGGGCCAGCUGGAGAAAAAGGUGAUAAGGGCCCAACUGGAGUCCCCGGAUUUCCUGGCCUAGAUGGUGUUCCUGGGUUACCAGGAAGUGAAGGACCCAGAGGCAAGCAUGGUCCAGAUGGCUGCAAUGGCUCAAGAGGAGAUCCAGGAUUUCCAGGCGAAAAUGGUUAUGUUGGACCGAGAGGUCCUUAUGGUAAUCCAGGGCAAAAAGGAGAAAAAGGAAAUUCAGUCUAUGUUUCAUAUUUUGGAAGAGGACCUCCAGGAGACAGAGGUGAUCCUGGCCCCCCUGGCAUGCCUGGACCUAGAGGGUCAAGAGGUAUAAGGGGCCCAUCUGGAUACCCAGGCCAACCAGGCUUGCCUGGUAUUCCAGGGUACCCUGGCUUACCAGGUGAACAGGGAAAUCCAGGUGUUGGAGUGGAUGGACAAAAAGGAGAGCCGGGCGACACUGGACUUCCUGGGCCACCUGGGACACCGCUGUUAGUUGGACCUCCUGGAGCUCAGCUGUUCAAAGGGGAAAAGGGCCAAAAAGGACUACCUGGGGUGACAGGACAGAGAGGGCCACGUGGACCCAAAGGGACACUUGGGAGAGGGGAGAAGGGUGAAAAAGGCAUUCCUGGAUUCCCUGGAUUGCAGGGUAAUCCUGGCUCUUAUGGACCUGAUGGUUAUCCUGGAAUGAAGGGGGAAGCAGGAUUUGCUGGCUUUCCUGGACAACCUGGCUACCCAGGCAUACAGGGGGAUCCAGGAGAAGAAGGGCCCCCAGGUCCUCCUGGAGCUGUUGGAACUCCACUGCUUCCUAUCAAAGGUCCACAAGGAGAUCCUGGAUUUCCAGGUCCUGCUGGUGAUAUGGGGUCAGUUGGACCAAUCGGUCCUGCAGGCCUGCUGGGAAGACCAGGACACGAUGGAACAAGUCUGCCUGGCCUACCAGGAGUGAGUGGGGCACCAGGACCUCAAGGUUUUCCAGGUGACCCUGGUUUCCCUGGAACAGGUGAACCAAUCCCAGGAAGACCUGGAUAUCCUGGACCACCAGGUUUACCAGGACAGCCAGGAAGACAAGGACUACCUGGACUACCCAGUGUAAUCUGUACCGAGAGAGGGCUCCCUGGAGGACCUGGAGCACAGGGUCAGACAGGCCUUCCAGGAAGAAAAGGUGCCAAAGGAGAAAAGGGAAAUCAAGGCCUCUGCUCAUGCACUGCUGGUCCUCCUGGUCCCCGUGGUGUGCAAGGACCUCCAGGUACUCCAGGAAAGAAAGGACAAAUGGGAUACCCUGGAAGACAUGGAGAAAAGGGUGACCCAGGCUUAUCUGGUGUAAUUGGAUCUCCAGGGCAUCCUGGGAUACCUGGUUCUGCUGGACAACAUGGUGAAAAAGGAGAGAAGGGUGAUCCAGGAAGAGUUAGAAUAAAAGGAAUAAAAGGAGAAAGAGGUCCUGCUGGGGCUCCAGGAUUCCCAGGCCAAAGAGGUAAUGAUGGCAGAGAUGGAGAACUAGGAUUGCCUGGGGAAAAAGGAAAUGAGGGUGACUCUGGAGUAUCACUGCUGGGUGAUAAAGGAUUUCCUGGAGUCCCAGGACUUCCUGGGAUAAAAGGACAGCCAGGAUUGCCUGGUUUGGGAUUUCCUGGCCCUCCAGGCAUCAGAGGUAGUCCCGGAGAUGUUGGUGAUACAGGUAGUGUUGGACCACCUGGUCCAAAGGGCCAGAAAGGUGAGACUGUCUGCAUUACUUCACCAUACCCUGGAAGUCCAGGUCCCCCAGGAUUUAAAGGUGUUCAAGGAUCAAAGGGUUUAAAGGGCCUCCCUGGUCGUCCUGGACUAAAUGGGUUUGAUGGGCAAAAAGGCCAUCAAGGCAGGCCAGGAGCAGGAAUCCCUGGGUCAGAAGGCUUUCGAGGUGCAGGUGGUGAUCCUGGUGAUGAAGGUGAAAGAGGCUCUACAAUUGAUGGUAGACAUGGUCGUCCAGGUCCACCUGGCAUAGAUGGUCAGAAAGGUGUUCCAGGUGAUACCACAUAUGGUCCUCCAGGAAUCCCAGGCAAGAGGGGACUGCCAGGACCCCCUGGUGCACAAGGAGCCAGAGGUGAUCUAGGUGUUCCUGGGUUUCAAGGACAACCUGGUACCCCAGGAUUUCCAGGUCCCAAAGGCUUCAGAGGCCCAGAAGGUGAUAUAGGAGCACCAGGCUGUCCAGGAUUCCCUGGUCCACCAUGUGACACAGGCAUACCAGGGCCACCAGGACUCAGAGGUGUCGUGGGCCUGCCAGGACCUCAAGGUUUACCAGGCUUUAAAGGUCAAAGAGGAGAGAGGGGCCUAGAUGGGCCACCUGGAGUCAAAGGUCUCAAAGGCUUUCCUGGCUCCCAAGGUUCCCCAGGUCCUCCAGGCUCCCGAGGACUUACAGGACUCCCAGGCAAUAGAGGUCCACUUGGUUUCCCAGGGCAAACAGGAAACAAAGGAAUUCAAGGACCCCAAGGAUUCCCAGGACUCCCAGGAACACAAGGCCAAAUGGGAAUCCCUGGUGUAAAAGGUGAAGAAGGAAAAAUGGGUCCACCUGGGCCUAGUGGAGAAUGUGGGGAUAUGGGAUUAAAAGGUGAAAGAGGGUCUCCAGGAGACACUGGCUAUGUGAACAUUCGCCUUGAGAAAGGACAGAAGGGGGAACCAGGGCUGCCUGGUGAGAAUGGAUUUAGAGGUGAAAGAGGUGAAAAAGGCAGCACUGGUUUCAGAGGCACCCCAGGGUUUCCAGGGAAGAAUGGUGUCCCAGGAGUGCCAGGUGACCACGGUGACACUGGAGUGAUGGGGUUUCCUGGAGUCCAGGGUUUCCCAGGACCAAAAGGCUAUAGAGGAAUUACAGGCUUUCAAGGACAACCAGGUGACCAGGGUGACGUUGGCUUGCCUGGAAUCCCUGGAAACCCAGGACUGACCGGCCCAAAAGGGUCUAAAGGCAGGAGAGGUGACCCAACUCCUCUGCUUGGUGCAUAUGGUUGCAAAGGACCUCCCGGAGAUCCAGGACUACCAGGACUCUGUGGAUUCCCAGGAGAAAAAGGCUCACCAGGUAUCCAAGGACAACCCGGAAUACCAGGACCCAAGGGCGACCCUGGAUACCCAGGAGUACCUGGACUCCCAGGAGCUACAGGCCCUCAAGGAUUGCCAGGAGAACCUGGAGAAAAGGGGAGGCAUGGAAUUUUGGGAGCUCCAGGAUUGCAAGGAUUAGCCGGACCCCAGGGCAGAAAAGGUCUUCCUGGACUGCCUGGAUUGGAUGGCUUGGAUGGACUAAAAGGUCAAAGAGGUUCUGCAGGAGCUCCAGGUCAAAGUGAGACAGGGCCUCCAGGAUACCCGGGAGAACUUGGACCAAAGGGAGACAGAGGUGAACCUGGAUGGCCUGGCAUUUCGAUUCCAGGCCCCCCUGGAGAACAGGGAUUCCCAGGAUUCCCAGGUAGAAGAGGCCCAGCUGGACCCAGUGGACCUAGGGGAAGAUGUCCUGAUAGUGCUUCUCCUGGCCCUCCUGGUGAUCAAGGACCACCUGGUUUGGAUGGAAUCAGAGGUCAUCCUGGGAACCCUGGUCCUCCUGGACAGACUAUCUUUGUGCGAGGAGAUCCUGGAGAUCCUGGUUUUCCAGGGGCACCAGGCAAUCCUGGGCAGCCAGGGCAGCAAGGAGCCAGAGGCCUUCCAGGGAACCAAGGAAGAGAAGGCCCAAAGGGUCCUAUGGGAAUCCAUGGCCCACAGGGGCCACCUGGUGCUACAGGACAACAUGGAGACCAAGGUUUUCAAGGAAAACCUGGUCCCAGAGGUCCCACAGGUGACCCUGGUGAACCAGGAAAAACAGAUGAUUCCUGCCCUGCAAUCCCAGGGCCUCCUGGGGAGGCAGGGCAAAGAGGAGAAGAUGGCUCUGUAGGAAUACCAGGGCCAAUAGGCCACCCUGGGCCCCAAGGACAAAAAGGGGAAGAAGGGUCACGUGGCCUGCCAGGCCAGGAUGGCUUACCAGGGGCACCUGGGCCACCAGGUGACCAAGGGAACAGAGGAGAGCAAGGAUACACCGGGCCGCAAGGUCCUCCUGGCCAGACUGGUAUCCCAGGACCACCAGGCCCCCACAUUAGAUCUGCAAGUGGCUUCUUGCUUGUCCUUCACAGUCAGUCGGACAGAGAACCGCUAUGUCCACAGGGGAUGCCCAAAUUAUGGACUGGCUACAGUCUGCUGUACCUGGAAGGACAAGAGAAAGCUCAUAAUCAAGAUCUUGGCUUGGCAGGCUCUUGUCUCCCCAUGUUCAAUACCAUGCCCUUUGCUUACUGCAACAUCAACCAAGUCUGUUACUACGCCAGCCGGAACGACAAGUCUUACUGGCUGUCCAGCGCUGCCCCUUUGCCCACGGCACCGCUCUCAGAAGAGGAGAUCGAGCCCUACAUCAGCAGGUGUGCCGUGUGUGAGGCCCCAGCGCAGGCAGUGGCAGUGCACAGCCAGGACCAGUCCAUUCCCCCCUGCCCCAGCAACUGGAGAAGCCUCUGGAUAGGAUAUUCCUUUCUGAUGCACACCGGCUCUGGUGAUCAGGGUGGUGGGCAGUCCCUAAUGUCACCUGGAAGCUGCCUAGAAGACUUCAGAUCAGCUCCAUUCAUCGAAUGCCAGGGCCAGCGGGGGACGUGCCAGUUUUUUGCUAACGAAUACAGCUUCUGGCUAACGACCGUGCUGCCCGAGCUGCAGUUUGCAUCAGCCCCCAGACCAGGGACUCUCAAGGAAGGCCAAGAACAGAGGAGAAAGAUCAGUAGGUGCCAGGUAUGCCUGAAGCACGGCUAGCAAGUGAAACAGAAGUGGGCAGCCAAAGCCGAACUUGUGUGGAGAUGAACAUGUUAAAAGGUUUAAAGAGGUCUGAUCAUCGUUUGGAACUGUGCAACACUGCUCCUCUGUUUUGGAGAGGCUGAGAGCUAAAGGAUCUGCUGAGCCUCAUCCACCCAUGUACAGGUAGUAAGUUUGGUGUAAAUGGCUUGAAACAACAGAACUGUCACACUAGAGUCCACCGCCUUCGUGCACAGGGAAUGAGGUGAGCUGGGAGGGUUGGGAAAGGCAAAGAAACCACACCUGUGGGCACCACGAAGCAUUUCCUGUUAGAACUGGCAAGUACAGCAGAAAGAGUAGGUGCACUUACACAGCAUCUUACACACAUUUAUCCUUUUAGAUACAGACCCACAAAGAUACAAACGCCUUAGAGCCCUGCAGCUGAAUUUCCCAAGGUAAAAAUCUCACCCUGUGUUGUUUGAGGGAAAGGCAAAUGUAACUGUUAACAACCUCAUGACAAAAACGAUGAAGAUCAAAGUCCUUUACGAUGGCAGUAUUGAACUAGACUGCCAAAGACCUGUUAAUUGGGCUUUCAUCAGCAACAAAGAGUUGCAAAUCCAUUUAACAGCAGAUUAGGUAAGGAAAUAAGGUUAGCUGAGAUAAUGGAUCCUUUAAAAGCUCUAUUUGUAGUCACAAUUCAUUUCUAAGAGCAGUUAAAAGUAUUAAAGCUCCAAUUCAAGUAGCUGAAGAAAAUAGAUCAUUUUCUACUAUUAAUGGAAAGGAAACAGCAGUAUGGUAAUAAAAACGAGUGAACUUGAAUAGUGAAUAUAAGACCUGGUAAGACAACGAUCUGAAUUUGAGGCUAAGGAAUUGUGUUCAAUUUUUACUACUUCUUCUGUAAAUACACUACCAAAACCAGAACCCUCACCUUUUAAGGUAUUUAUGUAACCACAGCUCUCAAGACCCUCUUUAUUUUUCAGAGCACUGACUGUUAAAGUGUUGAUAAGCUAAAGCACUAGUCACCUUCGGAUAGUUCCACAUUCGUGCCUCAUUUGUUCAGCUAUAAACCCAGGACAGUUAAAUGUGGAUUUGAAUUGUGGUUGAAGCUACUCAAAACAGAUUGCAAGUGGAGCAGUCAUUGUGUGCACAAGGGCCACAAAUGCUCCACUUACCACUGAAGCUAUGUUUUACUAGGAAUAAAAUGUUUGUUGGUUUUUUUUUUCCCCCCAGCACUUUUCCUUUCAA